CUAAAGCUCAGUUCUCAUUGUUCAUAUACCUUGAGCUUUCGCGAUUUUGCCGCCUCAUCUUUCGCCUCCAUCUCUUUCCAAUCUUCCAAGUCCUACACAUCACACAAUGGCCGACACGACUCAGGCUCCGUUGAACGGUACCUAUCCUGCGCAACAUGCCUACCCCGAUUCUUACAACCACAACCAUGCCAAUGUGAAUAGCGCUGCCAACUUCCAGCCUGCACAAUCUAUCACUCCCUCGAACGGUCCUUCGACCGAGCAGAAAAAUGGCAUCUCUAAAGAUGAGGUGGGCUGGUACUUUGUCGAGCAGUAUUAUACCAACAUGAGCCGCAGUCCGGAGAAACUCCAGUUCUUUUACUCUAAGCGCUCUCAGUUCGUUUUUGGAACAGAAGCGGAGAGCGUUCAAGUUGCAGUGGGUCAGAAAGCUAUCAACGAGAAGAUCAAGCAGCUAGAUUUCCAAGACUGCAAGGUCCGUGUCUUGAAUGUUGAUUCGCAGGCCUCGUUUGACAAUAUCCUUGUCUCCGUCAUUGGUGAGAUCUCCAACAAGUCGGAGCCGUCUCGCAAAUUCGUGCAGAGCUUCGUCCUGGCUGAGCAGCCUAACGGUUACUAUGUUCUCAACGACAUCUUCCGUUACUUGGUUGAUGUCGAGGAGGAGCUGGAGACCGAAGAGGCUGCCCCCGCUGCCGCUCCCGCCGCUCCGGCUGAGGAGCCAGCUGUUGAGGAGCCCGCCCAGCCCGAGUCCGAGCCUGAAGCUGUGCCCGCUGCGAAGGAGUCCCAGAUCGAGCAGUCUCAGGUCGACACUGAGAAUGCUGCUGCUCAGGUUGAUGAGAAGCUUGAGCAGACCGAGCAGAACGUCGAGGAAGCGCCCGCCGAGGAAUCGGCCCCUAAGAGUAACGGCACUGAGGUUGAGGAAGCUCCAGUUGAGGCAGCCCCCGAGGCCGUUGAGCCCGCAGCCCCCGAAGCCCCCAAGGUUGAGGAACCGGCGACUCCCGAGCCCACGCCUGCUCCUGAGCAAAAGGAGGCCCCUGUCCCCGCGAAGGAGGCCCCUGCCCCCGCGAAGGAGAGCGCCCCUCCGGCCAAGUCCAUUCCUAAGACCUGGGCCAACAUCGCAUCCAAGUCUGGCGCCGCCGCGCCGGUGGUUCCUGCCAUCCCCGCUGCUCCAGUGAAGCCUGCGGCUGCCCCCGCCCCUGCUCCUGCCAGCUCGUCACAGGCCGCGGCUCCCGCUCCUGCUGCGGCUCCCGCUCCCGCUCCCGCUGCCGCCCCUGCAGCAGCAGCAGCUGCUGCUGCUGCCGAAUCUGCUCCCAGCCAGCCCUCGUCCAACGAUGGGGCCGGCUGGCAAACUGCUGGUCAUGACCACAAGAAGUCCCAGUCUCGCGCCACUGAGGAUCAGAAUGUUCUCGCUUACAUCAAGAACGUUACGGAGAAGGUCGAUGCCAGCUUGCUCAAGCAAACUCUUUCGCGCUUUGGAAAGCUCCAGCACUUCGAUGUGAGCCGCCAAAAGAACUGCGCUUUUGUCGAAUUCAGUGAUGCUGCCGGCUACAACGCUGCUGUUGCUGCCAAUCCUCACCAGAUUGGAAGCGAGCAGAUUUACGUUGAAGAGCGCCGUGCUCGUACCAACGCCUACGGAGGUAAUGGUAGCUAUGCUGGCCGCGGUGGAGCCGGUCGUGGUCGUGGAGACCGUGCCGGUAGCCAGGGCCGCGGUGGGUUCCAACGCGAUGGACGUGGAGGCUUCGCUCCUCGUGGCCGUGGCGGCAAUGUCAACGCCAAGGGUCGCAAUCAGACCAAGGCUGCUUAAAACCGCUGCAGCGUUUCAACGAACAAAGAAAGCAAAAGAAAAUAACCUCAUGAAUCUUAAAAAAAACCUUCUUAUCAACCAAUUCCACGGGCCCAGGUCUCUUGCUUUGGGUAUCCCAAAGGUAUUGAAUUGAGGUCAACUGCCUAUGACUUUCUUUUUCUCUUCUGUAUCUCUUCAUUUGAUCAUCAAUGUGGUUUUUUUAUCUCUUUUUUUAGCCCUUCAUCCUGGUUUGAGACGGCUUUAUGGGUUUAGAUGCUCACGGCGAUC